UCUAGUUGAAAGAGUAAACGAAAAAUCAUUUUAAAUACAAAAAUAAUCAAAACAAUAGCAACAAAUCCAUAUAUGCCAAUAAAAUAAAAAAUCCCGGGAUUCACACCGAACGAAACUAUAAUUAUCUAACGAGUAGGAACUUUUGUAAGCGUGAAAAAUACGAAAACACAAAAACUUCGUUUUUUGUAGAAAACUGAAAUGAUAAGGAAUUAUGUGAAGAAAUAAUCAUAUCUCAUAAUGAGUUACUGAGCAUCAAAGGACCAAGUUUAGUAGAUUGAAAACAUUGAAUGUCCAGAUUUACAUCCAGUGUUAUUGCAACAAAUUGAAAACUUUACUUGCAUUGAGUACGUACAAUUUAUAAAGAUGUCAGAUGACGAAGCAGAAGUAGUUUAUGUUAAACGGACUAAGGUGUUGCAUUAUGGAAGCUUGGAGGAGCAAGAAAAGCGUCGCCAGGAGUCUGCAACUUCUGCAGGGUCUCUGGCGGGUGAUGCAAUCAAGGCAGGAAUUGCUGCAGGAAACAUUAACAUCUCAUCUGGAAAAACGGAGCACAUGGACAUAGAAGAGGAGAGUGAGAGCAGAAUGGAGAUGAUGGAGGAAUUUGAGAGGAGGAAAAGGGCUCGGCACAUCAACGUAUCAACUGAUGACGCAGAGGUAAAGGCUCACCUUAGACAACUUGGAGAACCAAUUUGUCUAUUUGGCGAGGGACCUGCAGAAAGACGAGAAAGAUUGCGCCAACUUCUGGCUGUCAUUGGAGCAGACGCAAUAAAGAAAAAAAGGUUAGAAGAAGAAAAACAGAGGAAAAAAGAUGAAGAGGAUAAUGUGACAUGGUAUCAUGAAGGGACUGAUUCUCUCAAGGAGGCCCGUCUUUGGCUCGCUGAAUAUUCACUCCCAAGAGCCAAGAUGAGAAUACAAAAAGCACUAACUGAAAAAUACAUGUCUGACACACAGAGAAACGCACAAAUUCAAGAGCUGCAGAAAACUGUCCGAUCUCUAACAAAUGAAUGCAGUCAGAUAGGAGACACGAGACCAAUAUCAUCCUGCCAAUUUAGCCCAGACUCUAAUAUGCUGGUCACUGGCUCAUGGAGUGGCCUUUGUAAAUUGUGGUCAGUUCCCCAGUGUGAACCAAUUAGGACAUUGAGAGGUCACAGCUGUAAUGUUGGUGCAAUAGUGUUCCACCCUCAAGCCACAUUGUCUCUAGAGGACGAUGCUUGUUGCAUGGCAUCAUGUGCUGCAGAUGGCUCAGUUAAACUAUGGAAUCUCAAAAGUGAGGAGCCUGUUGCAGACAUUGAGGGUCACGCCCCCUACAGGGUAUCUCGUUUGGCCUACCAUCCCUCCGGCAGAUUCCUUGGAACAUGUUGUUUUGAUAACUCCUGGCGUUUAUGGGACCUUGAGGCCCAGGAAGAGAUUCUGCAUCAAGAAGGUCACAGUAAACCAGUUUAUGACAUCGCAUUCCAAAAUGAUGGAUCUCUCGCUGCAACAGCUGGUCAGGAUUCAUUUUGUCGCAUCUGGGAUUUACGAACUGGCCGCUGCAUCAUGUUCAUGGAAGGGCAUCUCAAAGGAUUGCUUUCUGUUGAUUUUUCUCCAAAUGGAUAUCACGUGGCUACAGGAAGUGAAGAUAAUUCCGUUAGAAUCUGGGAUUUGAGGCAAAGGAUGUGUGUCUAUACAAUACCAGCCCAUACAAACCUCAUCUCAAAAGUUAAAUACCAGCCUGAGAAGGGAAAUUACCUGGUGACGGCAUCAUAUGACGCUACAGCUAAGGUUUGGGCUCACCCUGUAUGGUCUCCCCUUAAGACUUUAGCUGGACACGAAGGAAAGAUAAUGUCUGUUGAUAUUUCACCUAAUGGACAAUAUAUUGCCACUAGUUCAUAUGAUAGGACAUUCAAACUGUGGGCUCCUGACCUUUGAGGAAUAUCAAUAUUGUUUAAAAGUCACAUGCUGAUACACUUAUACAAUGUCAAUAGAUCAAUCUCCACCAAAUAAUCAAAUUAUUAAUAAUUUUUGAUUUAUAAAUGUUCAUUGGUUUUUAAAAUGAAGUGAAUUUUAAUUUGAAAAAAAUUGAUAUUUGGUUUUCAUUUUUGAUAGGAGGUGUAAAUCAGGGACAAAAUGGUCCUUAAUCGCAUUAUGAGAGAACACCAAAAUAUUAACCUAGUAUCCAAGCAAGAGUACACGUGUACUUUUCAGUAAUUCUUCAUAUAUCUAGAUAUAAGACAUAAGAACAGGCGAGGUCAAUGUUCUCUGCUCUGAAAUAUUUUGAAACAAAUAUUCCAAUAUUUCAAUUGUAUAAAAACAUUGCACAUUUUGCUGAUUUUACGAAUAGAUGAUUGGACUUUUCAAAUCAUGAUUCACAUUAUUAUUAGAACGGAUUCACUCAGUAGAUAAUCAAUCCGGAGCAACCUUUAAAUGUGAGCUGUGUUGUUAGGCCAUUACCAAAAGAACUAUUUCAAAAUGUAGACCGAAUGAAUGGACUUGAUAUUAAUAAAUAUAAAUAUCCAAGUAAAUUGUCUCUAAUAAUUCAAUAUCCAAGUUCAUGUACCUAGAUGUACUGAAAAUGUAUUUGCCAAUUGCAAUGUCAUUGAUCUUGGAUCUAUCCAAGCAUAACACUCCACUGUUUUAGAUCUUUUUAUUGCACCCUUGCACCCUUUUUCCUCCUAUGGAUUCCAGCCAAACUGUUUUAUGGAUUAAUCUGAAUUUUUUAAGGUAUGUUUCUUUGUAUUUUUUAGGAUUAUUUUUGAUAUGUAAAUCAACAACUGUUUUGGAAAUAUUUUUAAGUUUGCCAUAUUAGAUUUUCUGAAAUCCUAUUACUGUUUCGCUAUGAUUCAGGAUGAAAAAUAUAGGAAUUAGUGAAUUGUUUGAUUUAUUUAAAUCUCAAUAAUGAAUGAAAUAGAAAGAUUUUCAGGGCACAAGGAUGUAUUUCACGAU